AUGCAGGUUAUUGUGCAACUACUCCGUAGCGUAAACUCGUGGCGAAAAUCGAAUCGCAACCGUUCGCCCAAACGUGACCCUCCCCUCGCCCUCGCUUUCCUUUCCCACGCUUCCGCUCUCUUUCGCCCGCGUCGUCGCCAUCGCUUCCGCAGCUCGUCGCGUGCCCGUCGCCUUCGCUCCGCCCGUCGCCUUCACUUCUCCCCCGUCGCCUUCACUUCUCCCCCGUCGCCUUCACUCCCCCCCCACUUCCGUUGCCUUCAUUUCCCCCUCCCGUCGCCUUCACUUCCCCCUCCCGUCGCCUUCACUUCCCCCUCCCGUCGCCUUCAAUUCCCCCUCCUGUCGCCUUCAUUUCCCCCUCCUGUCGCCUUCAUUUCCCCCUCCCGUCGCCUUCAUUUCCCCCUCCCGUCGCCUUCACUUCCCCCUCCUGUCGCCUUCACUUCCCCCUCUCGUCGCCUUCACUUCCCCCUCCCGUCACACUCGCUUCCCCACCCGUCACCUUCACUUCCCCUCCCAUUGCCUUUCACUCUCUCCUGCUCAAUCUCUUUCCCCCUGCUCACUCUCUUCCCCCCUGCUCACUCUCUUUCCCCCUGCUCACUCUCUUCCCCCCUGCUCACUCUCUUCCCCCCUGCUCACUCGCUUCCCCCCUCCUCAAUCUCUUCCCCCCUGCUCACUCUCUUCCCACUCUCUUCCCCCCUGCUCACUCUCUUCCCCCCUGCUCACUCUCUUCCCCCCUGCUCACUCUCUUCCCCCGUGCUCACUCGCUUCCCCCCUCCUCAAUCUCUUUCCCCCUGCUCACUCGCUUCCCCCCUCCUCAUUCUCUUUCCCUCUGCUCACUCCCCUUGUUCUAACCCCACUUUCCCCAUUUCUCACCCAUUUUCCCCCUUCACGCUCUCUUACCCCCUCUGCUCGCCCCUGUUUUCCCAACUCACGCCUAUACUCACUCUCUCCCCCCCUGCUCACUCUCUUCCCCCCCUGCUCACUCUCUUUCCCCUUGCUCACUCUCUUUCCCCCCUUCUCACUCUCUUUCCCCCUUCACGCUCUCUUUCCCUCCCUUCCGCCCGUUGCCCCCCUUCGUCUCGCGCUCGUCCCCUCGCAAUCCCCGUCUCUCUCUCCCCCCGCCGCCCUCGUUUUCCCCGUCGCCCUCCCUUCCACUCCUCGUUGCCCUCGCCAUCCCUCCCUUCUCCCUUCCCAUCUCGCACACUUGUCACGCCCCCUUUCCAACCCGCAUAUACACCCUUCCCUUCUUCCCUGUUUCCUCGUAUCCCCUGCGCUGCUUCCCCCCAUCCUCCGACUUGCUCCCCCCAUCCCCUUCCCUGCUUCCCCCCAACCCCUUCCCUGCUCCCCCCCAUCCCCUUCCCUGCUUUCCCCCUUCCCCUUCCCUGCUUCCCCCCGUCCCCUUCCCUCCUUCCCCCGUCCCCCUCCCAGCAUCCCCCCAUCCGCUUCCCUGCUCACCCCCAUCCCCUUCCCUGCUCCCCCCCAUCCCCUUCCCUGCUUCCCCCUAUCUCCUUCCCUGCUUCCCCCUAUCGCCUUCCCUGCUCACCCCUGCUCCCUCUGUUUCACCCUUGCUCCCUCCCCUUCUUCUCUGCUCACUCUCUUCCCCCUUGCUCACUCUCUUUACUUCUGCUCACUCUGUUCCCCCCUGCUUCCUCUCUUCCCCUCUGUUCAAUCU